UGUAUCACAGGCAACACACUCCACCGACUCCACUUCAUCGAUUGAAGCAGCAACUAUGGGUGUUAGUGGAAAUGAGGUGGGUAUCGAGAAAUCAGAUAGUGUAGUCAUUUACCAUGCGACAGAAAAUCAGGCACAGACUGCUAAACACGCUGACUCAAAUAGUAUACAGCGUGGAAACAAAAAGGGUACUAGUGGAAUCGAUGCUCAAAAAGAACUCAUACCGAAUGCUCAGACUAGAAUUGGCACCACCAGUGAUAAAGGUAUCUCACCGUCAAAUACAAUAAACGCAACACAACCAAAGAGUAUCGACGUAUUAAUGCAUAAUACUAACAACAACACUGCGCUUGAGGCAAUACUAUUAAGGCGACAGACAAGAAGAAUUUGUGGAAUCCGUGACCUUGAAAAUGCCUUGAUUGGCAGAGGGGAAUGGGCCGCAGUUCCACAGGAAGAAGGAUCCCCAUACUGGUUAGGAGCUCGAUCACGCAAGCUUUAUCAGGAGACGCUUCGUCCCUGUUACAAACGGUUCGGGCUGAAAUAUCCAGAGUUUUGCACCGUGAAAGACGAUGAAGCGCUCCAGAUUUAUCUCCCUCCGGAUUGUGCAUUACCCACAGUGAAUGCGAAGAGCUUCGCGGGCCGUCGAGUCAUCAUGAUCGGAGAUUCUAUUAUGAGAUCCGCGGCGAUUGGGCUUGUAGCACUCCUCACAGAGGCGUGGGACUAUCCGUACGAUGUAAUGGUGAGUGAGGGCACCAAGCAAGACAGAGGUUUCUGCAGUGGAUGGGCGUCAACAGGUGCCACGGUCUGCUGGGUCAACUAUAAAACCGCUAACUUCGGACACCAUCUCCCUACAAUCCUAGGGCAGGCUCUAUCGUCCAGCACUGUGGAUGACGUCAUAAUACUUAAUUUCGGAAUCCACUAUCGAAUAAGUCCAGGUCCAUUCGAUUACUCAAUGAAGCAACUACAAGCCUUGCUGCAUGAACCUAAAUACGAACCUCAGGCUUCCCUGAUAUGGGUGGAGACUGAGCCGCAAUAUUUCAACCGGGGAGUGUAUAUACCUCCAGAUGAGGACACAAAAGGGGAAGGCCAGGACUCUUGCCAUGCUUUAGAUAUCGAUACAUGGAAGAACACAUCUAAGAUUGCCAACAGAUACAACGAUCGACUGCGGGCACGCUUGGAAACUCUCCAACGCGAGAAUCUUCUACAGAUUUCACCGUUGUGGGAUGCCUUCGCCCGUUUGGGUCCCCGCGAUGUCCUCGGUCGUCGUGUCACUACCGAUGAUAAGCUGGACUGUACUCAUAGCUGUCUGAUGAAAGAAAAGCACCUUUAUCGUAUUCAACAACUUCAGAUUGUACUGGACAGCAAGCCAGCUCCUGAUUCCGCCAGACUAAAGAAGAAGGAGUUCCUUAGACAGUGGGGUAGGGUUCAGGCUGAUGUCUUCGGUGGAGAAGAAGAGCACAUUCGUUCAUACAGAAGCAAUCGCAAAUUAACUGAUCCUGCGAAUAAGUGCAGGCAAAACACUUUCGUGGGCAAUUAGCAACACUGAACGAUCUGAGCCUGUAUUUGUAAUCGACAAUUGGGUAAGAAAUGUCACGAUUAUGCUGAAGUGCAUGUAUAAUGACAGGUUUGCGAUAUUCAGG